AUGUCAAAUAGAAACCGCGGCCGCCCUCAUCCUCCUCCGCCACCUCACGCCGCCUUAUCUCCACCCAUCCUCGAUCCAAUAUUCUCCAUGCGAGGAGGAGGAGGAGGAGGCCAUCCUCCACAUCCAUCCCUUCUAGAAGAUUUUCGUGAAUCCCAAUUAGGGUUAGGCCACCGUCCUCUCCACCUCCACCCAGCCGCCGUCAUCGAGGAGCGUCUCGCCGUGCAGCACGGCGAGAUUCAGGGUCUAUUGGGUGACAAUCAAAGAUUUGCCGCCACACACGUGGCUCUGAAACAGGAGCUGGAGGCUGCUCAGCAUGAGCUACAGAGGAUGGUGCAUUUUAAGGAUUCUCUUAGGGCGGAUACUGAGGUGAGGAUGAGGGAAAUGUAUGACAGGGCGGGUCAGUUGGAAGCGGAGCUUAGAGGUGCCGAGGCGGCUAGGGCGGAGCUUCAACAGAUUCAUGGGGAUGUUAAGGAGCUUACUGCUGUUAGACAGGAUUUGUCUGGACAGGUGCAGGCUAUGUCGCAGGAUUUAGCCAAGAUGACUGCUGAUUUGAAACGGAUGCCGGCUUUGAGGGCUGAUGUUGAUGCUAUGAAACAAGAAUUGCAAUGUGCAAGAGCUGCCAUUGAGUAUGAGAAGAAAGGAUUCACGGAAAACUAUGAACAUGGUCAAGUGAUGGAGAAGAAAUUAAUUGCCAUGGCUCGGGAGAUGGAAAAGCUUCGUGCGGAGAUUGCAAAUGCAGAGAAAAGAGCACGUGCUUCUGCUGUUGCUGCCACUGCCGCUGGGAAUCCAGGUCCAGGGUAUAAUGCAAAUUAUGGAAAUGCUGAGACCGGAUAUGUCGGAAAUCCUGGAAAUCCUUACCCGUCCUAUUAUGGCAUGAACCAGGUACAGCCUGGUGCGGAGAAUUUUCAACAAUAUGCACCUGGACAUGGACCUGCUGCUUGGGGUGCAUAUGACAUGCAGCGAGCUCAGGGACAUCGAUAG